AUGGAUUGCAAUCCGCGAUCACUCCUCUUCUUUUUACCUCUUUUGUUGUCCUGCGUUGCCCCGGCGUUCCCCGUCAUCUACCCCCCCAAUGAAGUCAACCUGUUAGACUCUAAAGCAAGCCAGGGGGAGUUAGGAUGGAUUUCCUACCCAUCGCAUGGGUGGAGGGAAAAUUGGGAAGAGAUCAGUGGGGUGGACGAGCACUACACUCCGAUCAGGACCUUUCAGGUCUGCAACGUGAUGGAGUACAGCCAGAACAACUGGCUCCGCACCAACUGGAUCCCUCGCCAGUCUGCCCAGAAGAUCUACGUGGAGCUGAAGUUCACCCUGAGGGACUGCAACUCCAUCCCGCUGGUCCUGGGCACCUGCAAGGAGACCUUCAACCUCCUCUACCUGGAGGCGGACGACGACCAGGGCAGCCACUUCAGGGAGCACCAGUUCACCAAGAUCGACACCAUCGCCGCUGACGAGAGCUUCACCCAAAUGGACCUCGGCGACCGCAUCCUCAAGCUCAACACCGAGGUGCGCGAGGUGGGCCCCAUGACCAGGAAGGGCUUCUACCUGGCGUUCCAGGACGUGGGCGCCUGCGUAGCUUUGGUUUCGGUGAGGGUUUACUUCAAGAUGUGCCCGCACACUGUGAGGAAUCUGGCCUCCUUCCCCGACACUGUGCCCAUGGACUCGCAGUCCCUGGUGGAGGUCAAAGGCCUCUGUGUCAAUCACUCCAAAGAGGAGGAGCCUCCGCGAAUGUACUGCAGCACAGAGGGGGAGUGGCUCGUGCCUAUUGGGAAGUGCCUGUGCAACCCGGGUUACGAGGAGCGAAGCAACACCUGCCAAAUGUGCAGGGCGGGCUUCUACAAGUCCACGCUCGGGAACAUGGAGUGUUCCAAGUGUCCGCCGCACAGCGUCUCCCACCACGAGGGGGCGCUGCACUGCGGCUGCGAGAAGAACUACUUCCGCGCGGAGGGCGAUCCCCCCGCCAUGGCCUGCACCCGUCCUCCUUCAGCUCCUCGCAAUGUGAUCUCCUCUAUCAACGAGACGUCGGUCAUCCUGGACUGGAGCUGGCCGGAGGACACCGGCGGCCGCAGGGACGUCACCUUCACUGUUCUCUGCAAACGCUGCCGUGCUGUCGCGGCCAACGGCAGCAACGGCGGAACCAUGCGCUGUGAGCCGUGUCGUAAAAACGUUCGCUUUCUGCCGAGAGCCGCGGGCCUCCACAACACCACGGUGACGGUGGGCGACCUGCUCGCUCACACAAACUACACGUUUGAGAUUGAAGCGCAGAACGGGGUUUCACCUUCGGCACCCAAGAUGAGGCAGUACGCCGCCGUCACCAUCACCACCAACCAAGCUGCUCCAUCUCCGGUAACAGUGAUCAGAAAGGAAAAGACGUCUCGAAACAGUGUGUCUCUGUCCUGGCAGGAACCAGAACGACCCAACGGCAUCAUCCUGGACUACGAGAUCAAAUACUACGAAAAGGAGGAGCAUGAGACCAGCUACACCAUCCUCCGUGCACGUGGCUGUAAUGUGUCUCUAAACGGACUGAAGCCCAACACUGCCUACCUGCUGCAGAUACGAGCUCGCACCGCCGCGGGAUACGGAGCCAGCAGCCCCAGCUUCCAGUUCGAGACCAGCCCUGACUCAGCCUUCUCUAUCUCCAGUGAGAACAGUCAGGUGGUUCUGAUCGCCAUCUCCUCUGCCGUGGCCAUCAUCCUGCUCACCGUGCUGCUCUACGUCCUCAUCGGCAGGUUUUGUUGCCACAGCAAAUCCAAACAUCCUGAUGAGAAACGACUGCACUUUGGCAACGGUCACUUGCGUCUGCCGGGGAUCAGGACCUACGUGGACCCCCACACGUACGAGGACCCGAGCCAGGCCGUGCACGAGUUUGCCAAAGAGCUGGACGCCUCCUGCAUCGCCAUAGAUAAAGUUGUGGGAGCAGGGGAGUUUGGCGAGGUGUGCAGUGGUCGCCUGAAGAUGCCGGGUAAGAAGGAGAUCUGUGUGGCCAUCAAGACUCUAAAAGGAGGAUACACGGACAAGCAGAGGCGGGACUUCCUGGCCGAGGCAUCGAUCAUGGGGCAGUUUGACCACCCCAACAUCAUCAGGCUGGAGGGGGUGGUGACGCGCAGUAAACCUGUGAUGAUUGUCACAGAAUACAUGGAGAACGGAUCCCUGGACAGCUUCCUGAGGAAACACGAUGCCCAGUUUACAGGGAUCCAGUUGGUCGGCAUGCUGCGUGGCAUCGCCUCGGGGAUGAAGUACCUGUCGGACAUGGGCUACGUUCACCGAGACCUGGCAGCUCGAAACAUCCUGGUGAACAGCAACCUGGUGUGUAAAGUGUCCGACUUCGGCCUGUCCCGAGUGCUGGAGGACGACCCGGAGGCUGCCUACACCACCAGGGGAGGUAAGAUCCCGAUUCGAUGGACAGCACCAGAGGCCAUCGCCUACAGGAAGUUUACGUCGGCCAGUGAUGCUUGGAGUUAUGGCAUCGUGCUCUGGGAGGUGAUGUCAUACGGGGAGCGGCCGUACUGGGAGAUGUCCAAUCAGGAUGUAAUUAAAGCCGUGGAUGAGGGUUACCGCCUCCCCCCGCCCAUGGACUGUCCCGCCACUCUCUACCAGCUGAUGUUGGACUGCUGGCAGAAGGAGAGGAACAACCGGCCGAAGUUUGAACAGAUAGUCAGCAUCCUGGAUAAACUCAUCCGCAACCCUGGUAGCCUCAAGAUCACGGCCAACACCACGUCCAGGCCGGCCAACUUGUUGCUGGACAGGAGUAGUGCAGAGGUUCCCUCCAUGGAGACCAUGAGCGAAUGGAUGGAUGGAAUGAGGACCUUACCCUGCAAGGAGGCCUUCUCUGGGGUCAGCUACAGCUCCUGCGACACCCUGGCUAAGACUUCCACAGAAGAUCUGAAAAAGGUUGGAGUGACAAUUGUAGGAUCACAGAAGAACAUCGUGAGCAGCCUCAAAGCCCUAGAUUCCCACACCAAGGACGGCCCAGUACCUGUUUAAUAAUCAAGAAAAAAAACAACAUGUCUUUCCGGCUGUGUUAACAGACUGUGGUUGCUAUUCGCACUCUAUCACAGUGGCUGCGUAUCCAAACUACAAACGGAUGGAAGAGGAGGAAAAAUGUACGAUUCAGGCGAGGGGCUUUGAUUGUUUUGUUGAGAGACGAUGUCAAGUCCUGACAAGUGGAACAGGAGGGAGAUCAGCUGGGGAAACGGCUGACUCUUCAUCCCUCUGUCCCUCCAUGCCCAAGUUGA